CUUCACACUUCACACCACUCAACAUAUUAUGCACUCACCCCUCAUCCUCGACAACUCGGAACUGGAUGCAGUCACCACAACCUAACGGUAUACCAACCCUUGCCCGACCGGAACAGAGACCUCUCCUGCAUGGUAGAUGGCAAGAGCCUUCCGAUUAUCGCACUGCAGACGAAUAAGACGUGGGAGCUGACAGUGUCCAUGUCUUGAGAAGAAGAAACCAAGCAAGUGAGAAAAAGCGAGAGAAAAAUGAGCAGCUCGACAUUACAGUCGACUGGUGGAGGGACGGGGCGGGGUCAACGGGAAAGUGUUUCAUCGUCGGGAAAGAGGGGACAAUCCAACAGCAGUAUCAGUCCUGGGGUUGCAAUCUAUCGCAAUCGUGCCAUUAUUGCACACAUCAUGGAGUUUGUGGGGGAUGGCGACGACAGUGAUUCAUCUGAGUCUCUACUGACUUCCAUGGUCUCUAGUAGCCGGAAAAUUGGUGGUGGGAAAAGUGGGGGCGCCAUCAGUCAGAGCAAAAGCCAGAGUAUAAGUCAGAGCAAAAGUCAUAGUCAGAGCAUGAGCAGCAGCAGGAAGAAGAAACAAGCUCCUCCUGCACCCCAACCAGCUGCAGCUCCGCGCAAGCAGGUUCCAUCACCACAAUCUACACUGGGGCCAGAACGACCAAAGCGGCAAUCACUAAAACCAAGAAGAGCCACUUGGGCAGCCGAAAAGGCGAAUGGUCCUCCCCCUCCUAUACCUGCUCCACUCCCUCCGCCACCUGCCCCUGCUCCACCACCACCGCCACCACCAGUAAGGAAUGUCCAGCAGCGAAAGAGCAGUAGAACCGGAAGUCGAAACAGCACUGCCAGCUCUAUUGACAGCUCCUUUCAUAGUUCUGCCUUGAGCAGCAGUAAACGAUCACUCAGGUCGCCUGACUCGGUCAUGAAUAUUCACGUUGACGCCCCUGCAGUUCCAACAGCUCCAGGGACACCACAAACCAUUCGAAGAGAAGAAGAAAAACAAGAAAUUGCAUCAGCAACAGCAGAACAACAAUCACCCCCUCUGUCAACACAACCUUCGCCUGAUCUCUCCACUCCGCCACCCAAACAGACACCACAACAAGUAGACACAGCUGCAGCCGUGGUGAAUCCUCAAACCACAACGUCACAAAAAGAACCGCGAGGUUCCGAACAUGCCGUUUACAGCAUGUCUUACUCUUCAAGUUCCUCCUCCUCCUCGUCGUCGGGUUCAUCGCCACAAUCGAAAGUUCCACCACCCCCGCCUCCACCACCUGUCAUACAACCAUCUCAGUCUUCAUCACUGGCAGGAUCCUACGAAGAAGUGGAAAUCGUUGAAGAGGUCACAUCGGAUGGCACCACACCUGAUUCAAUCCGCAAACGACAACCUGUCAUUGUUACAAGUCCCGGUGGUGACAUCUCGGAGGGUUCAGAGUUAACCUUUGGGACGGCUGCUUUUACUCCUGGACCCAGACGACUAAGAUACAGUAAAACGCCCAGUCGGAGCAGUGACCAUGGCAGUGGGAUGGUUGAAUCACAGGGCAUUGUCUAUGAAGUCAUUGAAGAAGAAAUCAUUGAAAGCUCCCCUGAGGGUUCUCCUCCAGAAGCAGCAAAGAAGGAUGCGAAAGCUAUAGAGGAGGAAAUCAUUGAACAAGAAGUACGCUUUGCAAAUCCUCACGUGGUCGAUAGGCUGGAAUACCGACAAGACUUGGACUCUCCACUGAGCGUCAAUGUUGCCCAUCAUGUCCCACCAGAACAUGAUCCAGACUUUGUGCCGUGGUACGAACAGUACUAUGAAGAGUUGCCAUGGUACGAGCAGCCUGAUCUAGAUGAAGACGAUGCUUUGACGGCGCUGUGCAAAAAGGUACUCAUGGCGUCUGAAGACUUCGACAUGAACUGGCAACGAUUGGAGGAACGGGCAGUGAGAGUGGAAGCUCGCGUGAUCAACUUUGCCCUCAAGCUCAAGAACAAGCGGGCCCUUCGAAUCAAGCAGCAAGAGCAAUCUAAGCAGCUACCGGACGAAACACCCCCGCCCCCCAUUCCAAGACCUGCCAAGCCUUCACCCCAACGGUCUGUGUCUUCCCUCAUCUCUGGACCAGAAUCCGUCUUGGACAGCAGCACCAGUAGUAGUAGUAGCAGUCGUCAAAGGCGACACAAUCGACAAUACGCCUUUCAAGCGCAACAAGGACGACCCAGUCUACAAAAUAUUCCACCACGGGCUCCGCGAAGAGAAAGCACCCAAGCAUUGGUCAUCGAGGAAGAAGCGCCGGUAGAGUCGUCACUCGACGAGAGAAUGCGAAGUAGUAGUCAUCGACCGAGUUGGAGCUUUGUCGACAGUGGCGCCAUUCCUAAAUCCAGCAACAGUCACCUGACAAAGUUGCGGAAAGUGCAGUCCCAGCCUGUCACCAGGACACAACCUAGGCAAGAUUCUGCCAGGCCACAACGCCAUUCCAUCGCUGCGAUGCCACGGUCUUCACAGCAAGGUGAGCGUAGAAGCAGCGGUGUUCCACCCAGGUGGAAUACCAGCAGCAAUAUCCCCAAUAGAGCACAAACGCCGACUCCUUUUGAAGGGAGUCUCUCUGAGUCUCCAGAGGUUGCAUUGUAUUCUCAAAACUGGCAGCCGCAGCUGGAAGUGUUGCAUCAAGGGCAUCCACAGCGGCACUCCAUCGCCACCAUACCUUCACAUCAAAGGCACCCGCUAGAUAGCGGAGGUAUUCCCAAUAGGCCACAAACCACCACACCCUUUGUCGAACGUGUCACUCCAACACAGGAGCUGCCAUUUUAUGCACAGCAAUGGCAGCAACAACCGCAAAUACCACCACCACAUCAGCAACCGCAAGGGCAUCCACAGCGGCAUUCCAUUGCGGUGGCUCCUUCCUACCAACAUCACCCAACGACAACUGGGGCUCCGAUGUCAUUCCACCAAUCCCUACUUCCGGAGCACAAAUCGCCGCCUGUCAUUGUGGAAAUCAAGGAGGAACAAGUAAGUGACUCUAGUAGCAGCGCUGACGACCUUCGCCCUAUUUAUGAGCGGCUUGCGACGCCACAACCAUCCUUGGACAGGACCAAAGGGAGCAGAAUGAAUUCCAAGGCAUCGUUCGUACGCAACAGCACCGACAUGAACGACGAAAGCAGCAAGAGCCAAUUCAGCGUGCCUUUCGACGAAGCACCGUACGCAAAAGAGUUCUUUCAAGAUGAUCUCUACUAUGAAUCCCUACGCAAAAGUGGCAAGAAACGAGCCAAACCCCGAAAGAUCUCGAACUCUACUAGGACAAGGGACCCUCCUGCAGCCGCAGCAUCCAACGUGCGAAAACGACGGGAACCAACGCCACUUCACGAAACUCGUCAACAACCUGAUCCACAAACGCCGCAUCGGCGGGGUUUCGAUCCGAUGAUAAGCAACGUUGUGAUCCCCGAUAGGAGUGGUCUGGAACGCAAUAUGAGCUACGUGUCGGAGAUAUCAGACGUUGACUUUGGACCGGUCAAAACUCCCAUUUUCCCCGAGAGUAUCAUUCGGACGCCUAGCUUUCCACCUCCCGGUCUGAAAGCAAAGAUCGAGCAGGCAGAAAAGCAACAGCAAGAGAUGAACAAAACCCCCACUGAUAUUCCGGGCUUCGCCAAGGCCGACAUCGAGGAACUAGAAGAACAGUGGAAGGCUUAUUCCGUAAGGACAUCGCCGACAAACUCUCACGAUACUGUUUAUACAGACGAUCACCUGCUAUCGGCAACCUCGGGGCGCUCGAGGAGGGGAAAGAGGAGAGGCAGGCGGAAGGGCGAUUUAGAUCAGGGUUCAACUCGUUCUGGUUUAUCCCGCGCUUCCACAGUCGACGAAAACAUUUAUACGAGGCUCAAACUCAGGGAAGAGGAGCGUCAACGCUUGGAAUCCAAACGAGACGAUGCGUCCAACGAUGGCAUGUCGGACGAUGAUAUGCGUUCUGGAGGAUACUCGUUGGCAGAUAUACCGAAACAAGAACUGACGUUACUUGAACGGUUUUGUGAUAAUCUUCAGGGGCUUUGUAUUGUAUUCUUCCUCAUAGCAGUUUGGGUGGUCGUGUUGAUUGUGUCUGUCACUGGUGCUGGAUCACCAACCAAUGUGGACAAUGGUGGGUCAAACAACACUGAGACUGGCGCUCCGACUCCCGCCUCCAACGGUUCAAGUACGAUGAUGCCGCAAGCGCCACCAACUCCUUCACCUGUGGAGAACCCUCAGUUGGAUGGAGAAACCCUGCUGCCAUCCUGGAGUUGGGAUGUUGUACAGCGGGAUGGUGACUCGCCACAAUACAAGGCCUGGGAGUGGCUGGAGAAUUCUGACACGCAAGGUUACUCAGAAGAACGCUUGGUUCAGAGGUAUGCAAUUGCCACAUUCUACUACGCUACCAGUCCGGAGCACAACAACCCAACGGUGCAGAAUCGCGCUAUGGAGGACAAUUCGACUGCUGUGGUCGAUUCUCCUGAAGUUGAUGCUGAGGAACCUGAGGAGCUUGAACAGGGUUGGCUGAAUCCUGAUACUUCGGAAUGCAAUUGGACUGAGGCGAUAACAUGCGAUGCCGACGAGCAAGUGGAUUCGUUCUUUUUCCGGUCGAGUGAUCUCGUUGGCACCAUCCCUGAUGAAAUGGGGCUAUUGACAAACUUGUUGAGUCUCGAUUUGAGUGCAAACUCUGAGCUUCGGGGGCCGAUUCCAACCAGACUUAGCCUGGUGACAACGCUGCUCGGUUUAGACUUUCAUUCUUGCAGUUUGACUGGCUCUAUUCCAACUGAACUGGCAGCAAUGACAGACCUCCUCUGGCUGACCCUGGCGAACCAGGGGGGCAGCAGCGGAAGCGGAAAGCUCUCCUCGACAAUACCAACAGAGUUGGCAUUGUUGACGAACCUUGAGCAUCUUCGGUUGGAAGGCAAUCAACUUUCGGGACGCAUCACACCAUUGCUCCAGAACAUACAGGGCCUGGUUUCGCUGGUGUUGACGGAUAAUCUCUUGACGGGAAGCGUGCCCGCGGAAGUUUCGAGACUACUACAGUUGAAAGGAUUGUUGAUAGGCAACAACCAACUUACAGGGCGCAUACCAGAUGAACUCAGCCGUAUGACCAGCUUGAUGGAGCUGCAUCUGGACAACAAUCAAAUCCAGUCUAGGCUUCCAGCCUCUCUCAAUCAACUUUCAAAUUCCCUGACAGUGCUUACACUUGGGGGGAACAGGCUGCAGGGGCCACUUCCAUUAGCAUGGAGUUCCUUGUCGAAGCUGCAAGUUUUGGAGGUGAACAACAAUGCCGAAAUAACAGGCAUGAUCCCUGUGGAUUGGGGUCUCCAGUGGACUGACUUGCGACACAUCAACCUGCAAGAAACGGCGCUGACAGGAGAGGUGCCGGUAAGCUUGUGUUUCCUGAAGGAUGACCCUUCAUACAGCUUGGAGUCCAUUGGAAUCAGCUGUGACCAGGUGGCCUGCACUUGCGGUUGCACGUGUUUGUAGCUAAACGAGUGAAUCGGUCCUUGCAUGAUGAGAAUUGAGACUAUCCCACUUAGAAUUAUACCGGUUGCUAUAUCGGUUCUUACUCUACCCUCUCAAUCACUAAUCGCUAUAUGAAGAGUGUUCCAUAAUUUGACCUUGCGACUAAGCAAAGAAAUACAUGACAAGGAGGGUCACCUCAAGUCCAAAGAAAAAGCUCGGACCUCCCGCGCUUGAUUUGCUUUCUCGUUUCAAGACUCCAGCGUGGUGUUGGAAUUCACUAAACUCAGGGUCGUCGUUGCUCAGGUCCUCCAACAAUCGCUUGUUCGCAAGUUGGCGCCGGGAGUCAUCCUCGCCCAAUGCAAGAGCGACAGACCCCGUAAUGGUAAGCUCCGCGGUGUCCUCAAACAUAAGAAAGGUCGACGCACCCACAAAGAACUGAACGCAGCAAACACCAGGUUUUUGGGCGCAUUCAAGAACACUCAUGCCCCUCGCAGUCCCUUCCAAAACUGGGCUGAAGGAAGUUGCAGGUGUGGUUGAGGCCGACCAAGUCAAUUCCUCAAUGUUUUGAACGUACACAUUCGUGUUGCUGAGUGCACCAACUGCAGUCUUGACGCAAAGUCGUAAGGGUUCGCCUUGCAAAAUUGAAUCUGGCGCUGCCACCGCUUCCCCUGCUUCAUCACCAUGGUACACCGUGAUUUGGGCUUCCUUUUCAGCCAUGCUGGUGUCGGCACGGUGGAGUUGCAGGGAAAACGCGGCAAAGCCAUCGCCUUGGGUCAAGUCAAUCUCUGUGGUGACAACGGCUUCGUGCAAGUUCACGAGCACAUCGUCGUAUUGAACGUUGAAACGUCCACAGAAUGCAAUGGUGCCCAUAGCUUCAUCGUCUUGGCUCCAUAGGCUGGAUUGUGCAAUGACACCCAAGUUGAGAUCCAGACGAACGCUGACCUUUCCAGAGACGCUCGUGUCAAAUGCCACAUCGUCGAGCGUGGCCAGUUGGACGGGAUCAGGCGUUUCAAGAGGCUCGGAGAAGCAAUCGGACUUGCGUAUGUCAAACCCAAAGUUCACCAUCGGCUCAUUGACAGGCAACGGACCAGAGUAAUCAUAGUCAAGUGCGAACUGCAAUUGUUUGCUUCCUGAUGAAGUAGUGCCAAAAACGACUUCCACGUCGUCGACAUCGAGACUGAUGUCAAAUGCAAAGUCUUUCUCAGAGAACACCGAUCCGGGGAACCAGGCGUACAAGAAGGCCGCAGCAAGAGUGAUGCUAUUGACUGAUCGUGUCAUCUUGAGGUAUCAGUGAAUCAGAAAGGUGUGGUACUACUGUCGUAAAGAGCUCCGGUGUAUGCAGCUCGGGGUUUCGUGACAACGCUGCGGCCUUCCGAAUGUUGAAGAUAGCAAACAAACCUCGAUUGUUUCGCUUUGUUGCGGCUAAGUAAAUUGUGAUCUCAAUCCAUCUAUCUGAUUCUCUGUGGUAUUGCCAGCACGAAACAGAGGAGACGACAUCGAGACCACUCCUUGCCGUCAGACAAUCGAAGCUACUCCUUGCUUGCGAGUGACGGUCAGUCGCGUCGAACAAUUAGAGAUAUCGUAAGGGAGUGCCAGCCCGAGACUCGACUCAUCGUGGAAGCCCGCUCCCUCACAGCGUGUACCGGUGCUACCACCGGUAGGUAGUUGCGGGGCAGCAUUGAGGAGCCACUCGGAGUACCGGUACCAUCACAUGGACGGAUGCAAAUCCCAUGGGGUUCGUCGCAUUGGCUAGCUUGACUUUACGUCCUAGCCCGCGAAAACAUUUGAAACCAGACGAGACGCUCUCCUUUAAUGUGACCACACUUCUUGUGUUCCUGGUACUACUGGUAGAACUUCCUAGCUAGAGAACGAGUCAGUCGAAGAGUGACUCAGUCGAUCAUUCUUCUGGGCAGCAGGUUUGCUUGGGUUUAUUGCUAGUAUUGAAUAAACUUCGUGAGUGUAAACGUUGCUCGUUUGAUCGCUCUUUCGAUCGCUCUACGGCACCGGCAUGGCACUGCACCGGUAGGCCAAUAAUGCUUGAUCGCAUUGCCAAUGGUCUUUAGAACGGUUUUGCCCAGCUCGUCCAAGUGGGUUGCUCGUUUUUUGACUCUUCUUCCGCGGCAGUUCCAGGAUGAGGAGGAUCAUCAGACCCAGCAGUUCGUUCGGUGAAGGAUGGCGGGGCGACAAUGGGAAGUUCACUUGUGUUGUUCUUGCGAGUUGUUGUCUCUUCCACGCUUCCAGCGGCCUCUUCCUUGGCGUUGCCUUUGCCGCAGCAGCACAACGAGCACAACGACUCCAACAGUAACAGAGCAGCACUCAAAACCGCGGCUCCUCCGGUAGCCAUGAGCAUCCAGGAGUUUCCAUGUGUAUCAACCUUCUCGAUUCCCAGCUCUUCAAAGUGUUCCUCCAGAAUGUCGUCAUCAAAGUAGUCGAUCCAGAACAGGCUUUCGCUGAAGAGUGCCCACGUGCAAGCUGCCGCUUGUAAGAGAAUGAAGAUCAAAAAGAGUCCCAUCCCGACAACAGUCGCGGAGCUUCCCUUCGCGCGUCGAGCAAAGAGAUCCGAUACGACAAAGACCCCAACCGCAACGAUCGCAAAGAGAAAUGACAUGGCACAAGCGUUGACGAGAAAACCAAGCGAGUGGCAAUCGUUGCCAGUGUCCGGGUCCAAGGUGAUGGUCGUACCGUUCAAAGUGAUUUCUGUUGGCUUGCAUACUUUGAUGGGAACGUAGAAGGUGUCUCCAACUCUUUCGUAGUUGGUGUUCAAGAGCUGGCGAACUUCGGGAAUCGAAAAAGCCGCAACGAUGGCGAAUCCAACUUGAACAAGCCGACUGACAAUGAUGGCCAUGACAGGGAGGAAACGCAAGAAAACAUUCAUUUUGCAACUGGGAUACCAAGGAUAUGAGCGAUUUUGAGGGAGAGAGAUAGCAAGCAACCACAGCAACUACUAGUACCGGUAUUACACGCUUGCUUCAGAAACAGAAGGUGGAGAAAGAAUGGUGUCGAGCUGUGAUGUCGCGAAGGUGGGAAUCUUCAAUCGAGUCGUCGUGCCCCAAAGCAACGGCUAUCUUCGUCAGCGCCACUCGAGAGCUGCUG